CAUUGGUUGGAGAAGGGAACAUCGUAGGCCCCCAAGGGGUGGAUUGUGAGAUCUCACAUUGGUUGGAGAGGAGAACACCGAGCAGUGUACUAUUGGAUGUUGGCCUCCAAAGAGGUGGAUUGUGAGAUCUUUCGUUUGUUGGAGAGGGGAAUUGUGAGAUCUUUCGUUUGUCGGAGAGGGGAACAUUAAAACCUCUCCUCCUAGUAGACAGAUUUUAAAAUUGUGAGGCGGGCGGAUUUAGAAGAAACCCUCCUAAACUUGUACAAAAUUAGUAAAGUUUAGAAAAGAAAAAUUGAAUUUUGAGUAUGGAAAAGAAUUAAAUUAUAAAAAAUUGCAAUAUUUAUUGGAAAUUUAAUAGAGAAAUAAGAAGAGAAGCAUGCCCACAAACAAGAAUUCCUUAAUAAAUUCUCCAUAAAACCCAUUCCUUUCUUUCAUCUUCUCCACAAAACCCAUAAACUUUCCGGCAAGCAAACAUUAUAAUGUCCGACUCCGGCGUCCGUCCGAGGUUUCUGCAUUCCAUUUUUGGGCAUGGCAAAGUGGCGGAGUUGAUGCUGUGGAAGAAGAAGAGAGAAUCGGCGGCGAUGUUGGCCGGAAUCAGCGGCGUUUGGUUUCUGCUUGAGGUCUUGGACUACCACUUUGUUACUCUGCUUUGCUAUCUACUCAUCAUUACUAUGCUUCUCCUCUUCUCUUGGAACAAAUUGGCUCUUCUCAUCAACUGGGCUCCACCGAGUGUGCAUGAUUUUGAGAUCUCAAACGCCACUCUCACUCAUUUCUUUGAUACAUUCAACUGGUUUCUCCACCACUUCUUUCAAAUUUCAACUGCCCAAAACUUUAAGCUAUUUGCAAUGGUAAUGGGUAGCAUUUGGUUGGUAUCACUAAUUGGUGAGCUGAUGAACUCAUUGAAUCUCAUAUACAUUGUGUUUUUGAGCUUACAAACAGUUCCAAUUGUGUUGGACAAGUACGAGGAGGAGAUUCAUAAGCUUGUCUCCAACCUCAAGUCUUCCAUGGACACCUUCUUCCACACUUUACACUCCAAUUUUCUCAGCAAAAUCCCAAGAAGGACCCAUAUCAAACAAACUUAGUUCCUAAUACCCUAUAUUUCAAUCACUUAGUUCGUCCCGAACCCGUCUUAGAUUCAAUCAAAAUCGAGUUGUAUUCCAUGUUUUUAAAUACGUGUUUGAUAGUAGAUUUAGAAAUCCAUUAAUGUAUGAACCCAUUUGAACAUAUAUUAACUGAUUAAUAUUUUAACAAUAAUAUCUUCUACUAAAA